AUGUCAUUUUUUUCAAACAGUUCUCUACAACAAAAUUCUUUUUCUUCCUUCCCAUCAACGCAAAAUCAAACCCUAAGCAAUGCUCAAACCUUUUCUGGCUUUGGCUCUUCCACACCCUUACUCUCGCCACCAACCAACUCAAUUUUAGGGAGUUCUUUUAAUAAUACUCAGUCAAGUACUUCAAUAUUUGGCCAGUCUCAACCCAGUCAAUCGAUAUUUGGCCAACCCAAGCCCUCAAUAUUCGGACAAUCUCAACAGUCCAGUGGCUCUAUUUUUGGUCAAAACAAUAACUCUAGUGGUUCCAUAUUCGGACAAUCACAACCCACGCAGUCAAUAUUCGGACAAAACACACAAUCGAAUACUGGUUCCAUUUUUGGCCAAAACAACCAGACUAGUAAUUCUUUUUUCGGUCAAACCAAUAAUUCUACUGGUUCAAUUUUUGGCCAAACCAAUAAUUCUAGUGGUUCUAUAUUCGGUCAAACGCAACCUACUCAAUCGAUAUUUGGUCAAAAUUCACAACCCACUCAGUCAAUAUUCGGACAAAACAAUAAUUCUACUGGUUCUAUUUUUGGUCAAACCAACCAGACUAGUGGUUCAAUAUUUGGGCAAUCACAACCUACUCAAUCGAUAUUUGGUCAAACCAAUAAUUCUACUGGUUCUAUUUUUGGACAAUCUCAGCAAAACCAAUCAAUAUUCGGCCAGAACACACAGUCAACUGGUUCAAUCUUCGGUCAAAACACACAAUCUCAACCUAGACAGUCAAUAUUUGGUCAAAAUCAGACUUCAAUAUUCAACCAAACGCAGCCAAGUGGCUCAAUUUUUGGGCAAAAUUCCAUGUCAACAGGUCCGUUGCUAGAUCAUACUACAGCAAUUAACUCAACAUUUGACGAAAAUUCAAUAAUUAGUGAACUAACAAAUAGACAAAAGGAAUUUAUUUAUGAACUUUGGAUGGAGGAUGCAUUCAAAUCAGAAAAUUUCGAGGACGGAAAAAUCCCAGAAUUCCCACCAAAUGUAACUCACUUCGUUAAUUUCAGUUUCUAA